AUGGUUGAUCGACGCUCAGAUUCAGAAGACGGCUCCCGCGCUAAACGUCAGAAGAUGGAUAAGUCUGGGACUGACCCCCGGGAUAAUCCUUAUCUGGCUCAUAUGUACGCAGAUACGUCCUCUAACGGCAACUCAAGCUCACAGGCUGAUAACAAGAACUCAGCCUUCGCCAAGCUGCAACGACACAAGACGACCGCUGCUUUGGCGCAGAAGGUUGAAGAUGACGACUUCAACCCGUACACAAACCGUCCGUUCUCGAGCAAAUACUUCUCGAUCUUGAAAACUCGCCGUGAUCUCCCUGUCCAUGCCCAGAGAGAUGAAUUCCUCAGGCUUUACCAAGAGUCUCAGAUCCUGGUAUUCGUCGGUGAGACUGGUUCCGGAAAGACAACUCAGAUUCCUCAAUUCGUCCUGCUCGAUGAUCUCCCACAAACCCAACGGAAGAUGGUUGCUUGUACCCAGCCCCGUCGUGUGGCCGCCAUGUCCGUCGCCCAACGUGUGGCUGCUGAGUUGGAUGUCACUCUAGGAGAGGAAGUUGGUUACAGCAUUCGUUUCGAGGACAUGACGAGCCAAAAGACAGUCUUGAAAUACAUGACGGAUGGUAUGCUUUUGCGAGAGGCUAUGAACGACCAUGACCUCAACCGCUACAGCACCAUUAUUCUUGACGAAGCUCACGAAAGAACCAUGUCUACCGAUGUUCUGAUGGGUCUUCUCAAGGAAGUAGUGCUGCGCAGACCCGAUUUGAAGAUCAUUAUCAUGUCUGCCACCUUAGAUGCGCAAAAGUUCCAGCGCUAUUUCAACGACGCCCCCCUCCUUGCUGUCCCCGGUCGCACCCACCCUGUCGAAAUCUUCUAUACUCCCGAACCCGAACAAGACUAUGUUGAAGCCGCCAUUCGCACUGUUCUACAAAUUCAUGCUACCGAGGAUGAGGGUGAUAUCCUUCUGUUCUUGACUGGAGAGGAAGAGAUCGAGGAUGCGGCGCGCAAAAUCUCUCUCGAGGCCGACGAAAUGGUCAGAGAAGCUGAUGCUGGCCCUUUGAAGACAUACACGCUCUACGGUAGUCUUCCGCCGCACAUGCAACAGCGCAUUUUCGAACCAGCGCCCCCACCGCGCCGUCCUGGCGGCCGUCCUGGGCGGAAGGUCAUCGUGUCUACCAAUAUCGCUGAAACAUCUCUUACCAUCGACGGUAUCGUCUACGUUGUCGACCCUGGUUUCUCGAAGCAAAAGAUUUACAACCCUCGUAUCCGUGUCGAAUCUCUCCUGGUUUCUCCCAUUUCAAAAGCGUCAGCACAACAAAGAGCUGGUCGUGCAGGUCGUACGCGGCCCGGAAAGUGCUUCCGACUGUACACUGAGGGCGCUUUCAAGAAGGAAUUGAUCGAUCAGACCUAUCCCGAAAUUUUAAGGUCAAAUCUUUCAUCUACUGUGCUCGAGUUGAAGAAGCUGGGUAUUGACGAUUUGGUGCAUUUCGAUUUGAUGGACCCCCCCGCGCCCGAGACCCUCAUGAGAGCUCUUGAGGAAUUGAACUACCUUGCCUGUCUUGAUGAUGAUGGCAACCUCACUCCUCUUGGCCGCCUUGCGUCGGAGUUCCCGCUAGACCCUGCUCUUGCGGUCAUGCUUAUCAGCUCGCCCGAGUUCUACUGCUCGAACGAACUCUUGUCCAUCACAGCACUGCUCUCUGUACCGCAGAUCUUUGUGAGACCCGCAUCGCAACGGAAGCGUGCGGACGAAAUGAAGAACUUGUUCGCCCACCCCGACGGUGAUCACCUAACUCUGCUCAACGCCUACCACGCAUUCAAGAGUCCGGAGGCGCAGGAGAACCCUAAGCAAUGGUGCCACGACCACUUCCUCUCCCUUCGAUCUCUCCAGUCCGCCGACAACGUGCGCAUGCAGCUUCUUCGCAUCAUGGAACGCGAGGAACUAGAAAUGAUAUCAACGCCGUUCGAGGACAAGAAAUACUAUGAGAACAUUCGCCGCGCGCUGUGCGCUGGAUUUUUCAUGCAGGUCGCCAAGAAGGAAACUCAGGGCAAGAGCAUGUAUAUGACCAUCAAGGACCACCAGAACGUCCUCCUCCACCCUUCGACUGUCCUCGCCCAUGAUGCCGAAUGGGUUCUGUACAAUGAGUUUGUCCUCACCACGAAGAACUAUAUCAGAACGGUGACCGCCGUCAAACCAGAAUGGCUUAUUGACAUCGCUCCUACUUACUACGACAUCACGAGUUUCCCGAAGGGAGAUAUCCGGUCGUCCCUGCUGCGUGCCGCUGAGCGGCUCUCGCGUAAGGAGAAGAUGCGUGCUGAGUCGGGGAAGAGGCGUUAA